AUGUCUCUCUCUUUUUUUCCCCUCCCUCCUCCCCUCCCUCCUCCCUCCCUCCUCCUCCCCUCCCUCCUCCCUCCCUCCUCCCCUCCCUCCUCCCCUUCCUCCUCGCGCCCCUCUCCACAGGCGAAGGCGGUGCUGGUGGGGUACGGUCCCCUGCCGUGGUCCUUCUACGUCCGCCAGUCGUGGCGGCAGCCUGUCAUCAGGCCGGGUGAUGUGCUCGUGUUCAAGUGGGGCUUCUGGCCGCACGGCGUGCGCAAGCUGGCGAGUGGCACGGCGUAUGACAACUGCGACUUCAGCGGCAGCACCAAGGUCGCUCCCAUUCGUUUCUUCGGUUAUGCCAGGUACACAGUCCAGGCAGGUGAUGCAGCCACCGGGCUCUAUUUCGCAUGCCCCGUGCCCAGCCACUGCGGGCCGGGCGGCAUGAAGGUGCAGAUCAGCGUCACGCCGCUGUAG